AUGGAGAGGCUGCUGCUGACCACCCUGCUGCUGCUGCUGCCCCUGCUGGCCGUGGACGCGGCAUGUUCAAACCUGGAGGGGAAGGCGAUCAUCUUCCCCCGGCAGUCGGUCACCGACUACGUGUUGCUGACGGCAAAACAUCAGAAGCCGCUGCACAGCUUCACGCUCUGCAUGAAGGCCUCCUCCGACCUCACGCGAGACUACAGCCUCUUCUCCUACAGCACCCGAGCCCACAGCAAUGCGCUGCUGCUCUACCUGAACAGGCCGGGCGAGUUCUCCCUGACCAUCGGCCACUCCGAGAUCGUCUUCAAGACGCCCCUGGCCUCGAAGGGCCCCAUUCAUGUGUGUGUCACCUGGGAAUCGGCCACGGGCAUCGCCACCCUCUGGGUGGACGGGAAGCCCCAGGGGAGGAAAGGCGUGAGCAAAGGCUAUGUCCUGGACGCUCACGCCAAGAUCAUCCUGGGGCAGGAGCAGGACUCAUACGGGGGCAAGUUUGAGGAAAAACAGUCCUUGGUGGGGGAGGUGUGGGAUGUGCACCUCUGGGACACCAUCAUCCCCAUAAAGCACACGGGGCCCGCCCACCGAAACGGCAACGUUCUCAACUGGCACUCGCUCAACUUCCAGUCCUACGGCUACGUGGUGAUCAAGCCCAAGCUUUGGGCUUAGACCCCCAGCCCACCCCG